UCAGCUUUGUGGAGGCAGGUCACCACUGCAAUUUGCAUAUAGUGAGGAUAGUAGACUAUGCAAAAGUAUUUCACUCUGCCCACAGACUCCUGCUGGCUUGGUUCUCUCUGUAUCGUGAAGCUUCAGGAUGGAAUCCUCAAUUGAAUUCUCCACAUCACCUACAACAAACUCCCAGCCGACGCGUUACCGAUUUUUUAAAAUUGUAGUGAUUGGGGAUUCGGGAGUUGGGAAGACGUGCCUCGCGUACCGAUUUUGUGCUGGGAGGUUUCCCAACAAAACAGAGGCCACUAUUGGUGUCGACUUUCGUGAGCGAAUUAUCGAUAUUGAAGGGGAAAAAAUUAAGGUUCAACUGUGGGAUACUGCAGGUCAGGAGCGCUUCCGCAAGAGCAUGGUGCAGCAGUACUACCGCAGUGUGCACGCCAUCGUACUGGUCUUCGAUGUGUCCAACCCUGCCAGCUUCCGUAGCCUGCCCCUGUGGCUGGACGAGUGCCGGCGGAACGCACUGGGCCAGGAGGUGCCCCGCAUCCUCGUGGGCAACAAGUGCGACCUGGUGCAGGGGUCCAGUAACUGGGGAGGAGUGAAUAGCGAACAGGUGCAGAGAUUUGCUGAGGCCCAUGGUAUGCCCUUCUACCUGACCUCGGCCAAAGGUCCCGAAGGCCAAGGGGACCAUGUUGAAGCCAUCUUUGUGUCACUGGCUCACAGGCUGAAGAGACAGCGGACGUUGUUGGCUUCUCACACACCACAGAGCGAGGCACUUCAGAGUUUUAUGCUACCAUCGAAAAAGAGUACGGAGAAGGAGAAAUGGGCCUGUGGCUGUUAGGAAUGGCAUGACUACCUUGUUUGACUGUAACCCACUGGGACUGGUUUAAGUUGGGCUGUACGCUUGGUAGAGGAGUGGAAGUCUUUGAGAAAUAGUUUUAAAGAUUGGGUGGGGCCAGAACAGACUGCAAAAGAAAAGCAUUCCACUACAGGCUAAGAAUGGGCUUCCAUACAGGUUCAUGAUGGGGUGUUUGUCUGGAGUAUGAGUGGAAGUGGGAGAGAGUAUGUCCUUAUUCUUCUAGAUUUCAACCUGGCCUGUUCUCAAACCAAGGAACAUUGUAAAUAUUCUGAUCACUUGGAAUACUGUGCCUUCAGAAUGUCAACUAUUUUCAGUACUUUCACGAGUGUUUGUGUGUAUUUUAUCUGCUUUGUCCCUCUUUACAUAUUCUUGUUUUAUAAAAAUGUAUGGUACUAUUCAAUAAAGAAACCAAUCAUC